CCCAUCGUACUGUAAUAAUAUCUUAAAUCGUGCUCAUAGACACAAUAAUUAAUAAUUAAUAAUAUAUUAAUAUAACAGAAUCUAUUUUAUGUCUGUUAUUGCUAAUGAGUAAUGACUAAUGUAAAUAAGCAUUCAUCUUCAUUAAUAAUUAUUAUUAGUUUAAGUCCUAAAACUUCUCAUGUUGUCUAAAUGUGUAAAUCUUAUGUAGUAAAAUGAUAAUUUAUGUUAGUUUCUGUUUUAGUUAAUUUUUAAUUUAUUGGUUUGAAAUUUAACAUUUUCAAAACAAACAGAUAUAAUGAGCAAAUCUUUAGAUAUUUGUAAAGCAUCUCUAGUAAGUUUAAAAGCAGAACUUUUACGCAAACAAGAUGAAGCAAACAAAGCAAAAAGUUUUUCUGGUGAUACAUUUAUUCGACCAAUACCUGGUGCUAAGACGCCAUCAUGUCUUCUUCAAUCUAAUGAAGGUGUUGAAAAAAGAAACGCUAAAGAUUUGGAAGAAGAAUAUACGCCAGAUGUUGAAAAUAGUUUGAAAAAAUCAAGAGAUGUCUUAACGAUGAAAGCAAAGCUGUAUGAUAAACUGGUUAAUGGUGAAAUGGUAAGUGAACAAGACAAAACCUUUUUAGUUGAUUUUAAACAAAAAGUUACUGAAAAUAAAACUACAUAUCCUGUAUCUUCCACCAAAGAUAAUGUUAAGGAGCAGGAAAAAUCUGAUUCCGAUGCAGAUUUAGAUAAAUAUGAUUCAGGAGCUGAUGAUGAUUGGAUAGACUAUACGGAUUUCUUUGGGCGUACUAGGAGAUGUUUAAAAACAGAUCUAGAAUUUUUCAAAAAUAGAGAUCAAAGGAUUGAAAAAGAAUUAGAACCACCACCACCAUCACCUAAUAAAAUAAAACAGCAAACACCUAUAACUGCACAACAAUUUGUAAAAGAAGGUAGGAAUCCUGAAGAAAUAUCUGAACUUGUUUCAUCAGAUAUGCGUAGAGAACAAUUACGUCUCAAAUGGGAAGAAGAAGAACGAAAAUUAGCCGAACGAACUGACAUCCAUUAUGAAGAUAUACGAUUUGACGAGGUCAGGGAGCACGGUGUUGGUUAUUAUUCAUUUUCAACGGACGAAAAAGAACGUCAUCGUCAACAAGCUGAGCUCAAAAAGCUCCGAGAACAGACUAAAACCACGCAAAUUUCCGUACAAAAACUCAAGGAAAAGCGUGCCGCACAGAUGGCUAUCCGACUUAAAGCCAUCAAGCGACGAAAAAAAGAAAAACUCGGGCUUCCAAUUGACUCCAGCUCGGACGAGGAAGCGCCGCCACCUAAAGCUCCGUCCCCGGAAGUCGUCGAAGAAGAUAUGGACGCCGAACGAGCGUUUGAAAAGUUGAGGAAAGCCGCUCAUGUCAGACCUUGGGACCACGGAAAGGACGGACUACAAAAACCUUUGUUGACCCAAGAAGAAUGGAACGAAAAGCAACGGGCCGAAAGGAAGCCAGAUUUUGCGUGGGAUUAUGACGACGGCACGAAAGUGCCCAAAAGUGCAUCGUCCAAUAACUAUCGAACCGUCGACGAGGACGAAGACGAUGAGGACGAUGACGAAGAUAUGGUAGGACCAUCGUUGGAUAUGUUCGUAGCACCAAGUAAUCCAAACAAACAGAGUACAAUAACGUCGAAAAAUUUCAAAAAGUUUAUUCAUAACGAGUUGGACGAUGAACCUGCGACCACCAACAACAAAGUAUAUCAUGACGACGAUAGCGAUUUGGAUAGCAUCCCAUUACCAACUGAACUGAGGAAAGGAGCAGAAAUUGCACCUCCCCCCACGUACGAAUAUUAUGGACCAAGUGGACGAGGCCCCAAAGCACAAGACAAUUUUAUUAGUGUAAAUGAAAUGCAGGAUUCUAUUUCUAAAGGAUUUACUAAUGCAAAAAGUAUGAAUAAACAUCGACCAGUCAGAGGUAUUGUGGACGACGACGAUGAUGAAUGAUGGUAAUUAAAAAUCUUCCAAGGUGUUACCCUAUGAAAAAACAUUACCUAUGUUAUUACAAUGAAUGUAAUUUGUUAUUUAUAUUGAAUUAUUUGGUAUCAUAAUAAUUAUAAAAAAUAUUUUAAAAAUGGUACACUUGUUAUAUCAAGAAUUGCAUCACAAAGUAUUAUUGAAAACAAUAAAUGGAAUUAUAGGUAUGUUAAGUUGUUCUAUACUAUCUAUUACUUUGAAUAAAAAACAGAAUGUUAAUAAUUUAUCACAAUUUUGUGUAAUUCAAUAAGUAUACAUGCUAUUUUUAAAAUAAAUAACAAUUAUA